UCCAGCCGCGCCCGACCCGAGCCGACCCGACGCCCGGAGCGCCCGGCACCAUGCGCCCCUCCGGCCCCGCCGCCGCCGCGCUGCUGCUGCUGCUCCUGGCCGCGCGUCUCCAGGCGAGCCCGGCGCCCGAGGACAAGCGAGUAUGCCAAGGCACAAGUAAUAAGCUGACCCAGUUGGGCACCUUUGAAGACCAUUUUCUGAGUUUCCAAAGAUUGUUCAACAACUGUGAGGUGAUCCUUGGGAAUUUGGAAAUAACCUAUAUGCAAAGGAAUUAUGACCUCUCCUUCUUAAAGACCAUCCAGGAAGUAGCUGGCUAUGUGCUCAUCGCACUCAACACUGUGGAGAAGAUACCCUUGGAGAACCUGCAGAUCAUCAGGGGAAAUGUACUUUAUGAAAACACCCAUGCCUUAUCAGUCUUGUCCAACUACUAUGUAGACAACAAGACUGGCUUACAGGAGCUGCCCCUGACGAACCUACAGGAAAUUCUACAAGGUGCUGUACGAUUCAGCAACAACCCUGCCCUUUGCUACGUGGAUACGAUCCAGUGGCGGGACAUCGUUGAUGACAGCUUUCUGAGCAACAUGACCUUGGACUUUCAGAACCAGCUGGGUAAAUGCCAGAAGUGUGAUCCCAGUUGUCCCAAUGGAAGCUGCUGGGGUUCAGGAAAGGAAAAAUGUCAGAACUUGACCAAAAUCAUCUGCGCCCAACAAUGUUCAGGGCGCUGCCGUGGCAAGUCUCCCAGUGACUGUUGCCACAACCAAUGUGCCGCUGGCUGCACGGGACCCCGUGAAAGUGACUGCCUGGCCUGCCGCAGAUUCCGGGAUGAAGCGACAUGCAAGGACACCUGCCCACAGCUCAUGGUCUACAAUCCCACCACGUACCAGAUGGAUGUCAACCCAGAGGGGAAGUACAGCUUUGGUGCCACCUGUGUGAAGAAAUGCCCUCGGAACUAUGUGGUGACAGACCAUGGCUCCUGUGUUCGUGCCUGCAGCUCUGACAGCUAUGAGAUGGAAGAAGAUGGUGUGCGCAAGUGUAAGAAGUGUGAAGGGCCUUGUAACAAAGUUUGUAAUGGAAUCGGGAUUGGUGAAUUUAAGGACACACUUUCCAUAAAUGCCACAAACAUUAAACACUUCAAAAAUUGCACCACAAUUAGUGGAGAUCUUCACAUCCUGCCAGUUGCAUUCAAAGGUGACAGCUUCACAAAUACUCCUCCUCUAGAUCCAAAGGAACUGGACAUUCUAAGAACUGUAAAGGAAAUCACAGGGUUUCUGCUGAUUCAGGCCUGGCCAGAAAAUAGGACAGACCUCCAUGCUUUUGAGAACCUGGAAAUCAUCCGUGGCCGAACUAAGCAACAUGGUCAGUUUUCUCUUGCAGUUGUCGGCCUAAGUAUAACAUCCUUGGGAUUACGCUCCCUGCAGGAGAUAAGUGAUGGAGAUGUGAUAGUUACAGGAAACAGAAACUUGUGCUAUGUAUCUACAAUAAACUGGAAAAGACUAUUUGGGACCUCAAAUCAGAAAGUAAAAAUUACAAACAACAGACUUUCAAAUGACUGUAAGGCCAUGGGCCAUGUGUGUGAUCCUUUAUGUUCAUCAGAGGGCUGCUGGGGCCCAGAGCCCAGAGAUUGUGUGUCCUGCCGCAACGUCAGUCGGGACAAGGAAUGUGUGGAGAAGUGCAACAUUCUGGAGGGAGAACCAAGAGAGUUUGUAGAGAAUUCUGAGUGCAUACGGUGCCAUCCAGAGUGUCUGCCCCAGGCAAUGAAUGUCACCUGCACAGGACGGGGACCAGACAACUGUGUGAAGUGCACCAACUAUAUGGAUGGUCCCCAUUGUGUCCGAAACUGUCCUGCAGGUAUUCUGGGUGAAAACAACACUGUAGUCUGGAAGUAUGCAGAUGACAACCAUGUGUGCCACCUGUGUCACAUCAACUGUACCUAUGGCUGUGAUGGUCCAGGUCUUGAAGGCUGUUCUCCAGUUGGGCCCAGGAUUCCAUCCAUUGCCACUGGGAUCGUUGGGGGACUCCUGCUGCUGGUGGUGAUAAGCCUUGUAGUUGGCCUGUACCUGCGCAGACGUCGCAUUGUCCGGAAGCGCACGCUACGAAGACUGCUGCAAGAGAGAGAGCUUGUUGAACCCCUAACUCCUAGUGGAGAAGCCCCCAACCAAGCUCUCUUGAGAAUCUUAAAGGAAACAGAAUUCAAAAAGAUCAAAGUCCUGGGAUCUGGAGCAUUCGGCACAGUGUACAAGGGACUCUGGAUACCAGAAGGUGAGAAGGUGAAAAUCCCUGUGGCGAUCAAGGAAUUAAGAGAAGCCACAUCUCCCAAAGCCAACAAGGAAAUUCUCGACGAGGCCUAUGUCAUGGCCAGUGUGGACAACCCCCAUGUGUGUCGCCUGCUGGGCAUCUGCCUGACCUCCACCGUUCAGCUCAUCACACAGCUCAUGCCCUACGGCUGCCUCCUGGACUAUGUCCGUGAGCAUAAGGACAAUAUCGGUUCCCAGUACCUGCUCAACUGGUGUGUCCAGAUCGCAAAAGGCAUGAAUUACUUGGAGGACCGGCGCCUGGUACACCGCGAUCUGGCAGCUAGGAACGUUCUAGUGAAGACCCCACAGCAUGUCAAGAUCACAGACUUUGGACUGGCCAAACUUCUAGGUGCCGAUGAGAAGGAAUACCAUGCAGAAGGAGGCAAAGUGCCUAUCAAGUGGAUGGCUUUGGAAUCAAUUUUACACCGAAUUUACACCCACCAGAGUGAUGUCUGGAGUUAUGGUGUCACAGUUUGGGAGCUGAUGACCUUUGGAUCCAAGCCUUAUGAUGGCAUCCCUGCAAGUGAUAUCUCCACCAUCCUGGAGAAAGGAGAGCGCCUUCCACAGCCACCCAUCUGCACCAUUGACGUCUACAUGAUUAUGGUCAAGUGCUGGAUGAUAGAUGCAGACAGUCGCCCAAAGUUCCGUGAGCUGAUCAUUGAAUUCACCAAAAUGGCCCGAGACCCUCAGCGCUACCUCGUCAUCCAGGGAGAUGAGAGAAUGCACUUGCCAAGCCCUACAGACUCCAACUUUUAUCGAGCCCUGAUGGAUGAGGAGGACAUGGAAGACAUUGUGGAUGCUGACGAGUACCUGGUCCCCCAACAAGGCUUCUUCCACAGCCCUUCCACAUCACGGACACCUCUCCUGAGUUCUCUGAGUGGCACCAGUAACAAUUCAACUUCGGCUUGCAUUAACAGAAAUGGGAACUGCACCCUGAAGGAGGACAGCUUCCUGCAGCGCUACAGCUCAGAUCCCACUGGCACCAUGCCUGAGGAGAACCUGAAUGACUCCUUCCUUCCCGUCCCUGAAUAUGUCAAUCAGUGUGUUCCCAAGAGGCCUGCAGGCUCUGUCCAGAAUCCAGUUUAUCACAACCAGCCUCUGCAUCCAGCUCCUAACAGAGACCCUCACUACCAGAACCCCCACAGCAAUGCAGUGGACAACCCAGAGUAUCUCAAUACUACCUGCCCUUCCCACACCAACAGCAGCACUCCUGAGGGUCCCACCCUCUGGGCCCAGACAGGCAGCCACCAGAUCAGCCUGGACAACCCAGACUACCAGCAGGACUUCUUUCCCAAGGAAACCAAGUCCAAUGGCAUCUUCAAAGGGCCUUCAGCUGAAAAUGCAGAAUACCUGAGGGUAGCUCCACCUACCAGUGAGUUUACUGGAGCAUGACCAAGGAGAGAAGCACCAGCCAUAAAAAUUCCAGAUACUUCUGCCCCGUUGACUCAGCCAAGGCAGCUGAUUAGGUUCUGAGAGCCAUGCCAGCACUAACUCUUGGACCAUGAACUGGAUUUGCCAUAUUUGCUUUCAACAGUCCAUUUUUCAAUCAGGAAGCACCCUACCUUGGGGACUUGUAGGUACAUUCCCUGCAACAUUUCUUUGUCUUCAAGCUGUGAGGUGCCCCCUGAAAAAGGUGCCCAGCAAGAAUGUUGCCCAUUGGAUAAAAUUUGCCUUUCAAUAAGGUAUAUUGGCAGAGGGGAGAGUACAUUUAUAUAUAAGGAUUUUUAUUGCUUGGUGACUUUGGGGAGGUGUCAUUAUUGCUUAUGUUUUUAAUGGGCUUUUCUAAGGAGGAAGAAGCUCAAAUAUAGCACUUGUUGCAUGAAUUGCUCCAGAUUCAACCAUGACCUGGAAGCAAGAGUCAGAAUCUUCACCAACUCUACUGAUAUUUCCAAGAACUUCCUCUUGUGAGAAAAUAUAAUUGACAUGAAAACCUCUUCAUCACAAACUGGCUUGUCAUUAUCAUAAAGACCUGUGACAAUUGUGAUGAGUAUGAAAAAGAAAGCCAUUCUGACCAUUCCUGAGAGAAAAAGAAACUGAGGGCAUAGGAUUAUUCAUCAGAUGUACUUUUCUAUAAAUGUCUCCAUCCAUGGUA